AACAUUAAUGAAGUGUGUAGCCUACUGUCGAAGGCCGUUCUCACGUUGUAGUUUAAUGUAAACUCUUCGAAAGCAUGCCAGCUCUAUUCACCGUCAUCGGUAUUACAGCUGGGGCCGCUGGUGCCGUACUUCUGGCCCCGGUGGCACUCGGGAUCGCUGGUUUUACGGGCGCCGGUAUCGCAGCAGGCUCUACGGCAGCUGGCAUGAUGUCAUCAGCAGCCAUUGCCAACGGGGGCGGUGUGGCUGCGGGAAGUUUGGUUGCUAUCCUCCAGUCUGCAGGUGCUGCUGGUUUGUCUGCAGCAGCAACAGCUGGUGUGGCAUCUGUGGGUGGUGCCACAGGAGCUCUAGUAGGUGGAGCAGUUGAUUUGUUCAAGGGAAAAUAAGAAAUGCACUGGAGUCCAAAGAGCUUCUGAUCACAGCCAGCUACUAUGAAAAGAGUUUAGCACCAGCUUCUCUGUGUUUAAAGUAAUUGCUUGUAGCUUGAUUUUAAACUUUCAUUACAUUUUGAAAAUAAGAAUAUAACCACCCGAAAACAUAUAGAAAAAUCUGUGAUUUUUCAUUUGCCACCUUUGUUAACAAAAUUAUGGGGUCGUUCUACAGCUCCAAGUCACAUUAAAAUGUGGUGGUAUAAUGUAGAUUUAUCUUCUAACAGAAAUUUUACAUCGUGUUUACAUCCUGUUCAUUAUUAUUAUUGUUAUUCACUGUUUUGCAAAGAUUGUGAAAAAUAACUAUUUUUAA